AGCAGACAAGAUCAUGUCCAGCCAUGUUACUCGUACAAGCAGAGGAUAGAAGAGCUGGAAGCCUCGAUGGAACAGCAGUCCUCCAAGAUCCAGCAGCUGGAGGCCUCCGAGGAGCGCCUCAGAGCCAACCUGAGGAACAACUCCAGGUCCAGUGACGGCGCGCGAAUCUCCGACCUCCUGGACCGCCUGAUCGAAACGGAGAACUCAGAGCUGAAGCUCAAGGAGCGCGUCUGGGGCCUCGAGCGAAGUGAAAAGGAGCUACAGAUCAAGCUGAUGGAGGGCGAGAAGAUGAACCAGUCUUUGAGAGCGGAACUACGUGACCAAGAAGAGCUAGUACAUCGUCUCAUGACGCUAGAAACUGAAAAUAACGCUCUUUCCGCAGAGAUCAACCAGGCCAAAGACUCCGCCCGCAAGAUGAGCGAGGUGCAGCAGAACGAGAGCUACCUUCGAGGCCGAGUUGAGGAGCUGGAGAUGACCGAGAACAUGCUUCGCGAGACCCUCCAGCAGGCCGACCUCAUACUAGCUCAAAGAGAGAAAAAGCUCAGAGAUCAGGUUUCAUCCCUUCAAGAGGAGGUACAGUCAUACAAGGCCCAGCUAGAGUCUGCGGCGUCUAAGGAACAUGGUGCUAGAGAAUGCGAGGUAUCUUACAAGAAGCAAUUGGAGGAGUUAAAAGCCCGACUUGCUGAGACGGAACGGCAACUGAGAGAGUCAUCAUCCGAGACGAAUAGUCAAGAGACUCAGCACCGUUCUGAGGUUACAAAACUUCGUAAUCAGCUUAAAUUAGGGAACUCACAGCUUAAUGAACUCGAGAGACUUAACUGUGAGCUGCGUGACCGGGUGCUGGCAGCAGAGGCGCAGAGCGAGCAUUUAGCGAAAGAGUUGGAGGAACAGUGCCGUCGUCACGAGCAGGAUCUUCUUACUCUCAACCUCCAGGUAUCCGCUGGGGAAAGCCAUGUUAAGGAGCUACAGGGUCAGCUCGAACAGCUGAGCCAUGAACAUGCCGCUAGUGAGCUGGACGUCCUGGCUGCCUCACCCAUAGCUCCGCUUUAUGCUACCAUUACUUCCCUAAUAACUGCCCUCAAGAGCUGCGAGUCCUGUAGCGAGACCCAGAAGAGCACGUUGGCCGAGGUGACCGCUCAGCUCGGCACCCUGGCGAGCUGCUCGAGGGCAGGGCCAGUAACUCCGACACGGACGUAACCUUGGAUAGUGAUGAGGGAGAAACAUUCAUCACAGACACAGCAGAAAACUUGGCCGGCGAAGCCACUACGACCCCCCCUCCCACCCCCGCCGGGGAGGGGCUUCGGGAACACUCGAGCGGGGACGCCACCAACUGCGACUCUGGCGCGAGCUUCCAAAGAACCAAACGCCGGAGGAGCAGAAGGCGGUUGGAGGAGCGCAGCAGCAGAAGGCUCGUGCGCCCUCAGGGCUCUUCCACAAUCCUGGAGGAGUUGGAGGAGAAGGUUCGGGAACUGGAGGAGGCGAUAGGACGGAAGGAGGAGGAACUCCGUCUGGCUGACAACGAAGCC